AUGCACCACGGUCACGACAAUGCGCAGCCGCCAAUGUAUAUUGAUCACCCCCAGGAAGGGUACAGGGACGACGCCGCUGACGUGGCCAUCCGUAGCAUGCAAUACCACCACCCACAGCCCGACAUGUAUAUGCACCAACCAGCUCAGCAUCACGGCGGCUUCGACUUUAGUCAGUGGCCAAGUCUGACCCAGCAUCAUCCCCACUAUCAAAUGCAGCAGCAUGUGUCGUCAACAUUGAACCUCCCAACAUCGUCAAAUCCCACCACGCACCAAACGACAUCAUCAACCUACCACUACAAUUUCCAGAACUACCCCCGUGCCGACGAUGAGGCAGGACAGCAGUAUCCAAUCCCCACGACAUCCUUGCCUUCCCCCAUGUCAUCGUACACUGUGACCCUGCCAUCUCCGUACACACACGACAACCUUGGUCGAUCUCAGCACCCACCCCCCACACUUGUCGACUACAAUGCCAACAACAACUAUGCCGCCCAUCAAGUCGCUCCCGAGCUGUAUGAAGUGCCGAAUCAGUGCCUGGAUCGACAAUGCACGGCCGCGCUUCGGUACCGCGGCUACUGCAAACUGCACGGGGGCGCCCGCAAGUGCAGUGUGGCGUAUUGCACCAAGGGAAUCCAGGGCCGAAACCGGUGCAUUGCACACGGAGGGGGCAAGAGAUGCCAGCAUUCCAACUGCGUCCGCGCCGCGCAGUCGCAUGGCUUGUGCAAGUCCCACGGCGGCGGCACGCGGUGCAAGUUCCACGGAUGUGUGAAGACAUCCCAGGGAGGGGGGUACUGCCGAACCCAUGGCGGCGGGCGCGAGUGCAAGUGGCCUGGCUGUAGCAAUAGCGCCCAGCGCCGCGAGCUGUGCGCGAAGCACGGCCAAAAGCGGAUCUGCAACGUGGCAGGCUGUGGUCGCACCGACCGCGGCGGUGGCUUCUGCAUGAGCCACCGCAAGGACAAGAUAUGCAGAGUCGAAGGCUGCACGAGACUCAUAGCCACGACGGUCUUUGCUGGCGUGGCGACCAUGUGCGCCCAGCACGUGUCUGAGCAACAUGGCGCGUUUGCGUACUGCAAUUGACGGCCUGACGAUCGCUAGUUACUUGGCAGUUUCACAUUUCAAACCCACAAUGACCGAACUUGUGGUAACUGGACCGAUUUCGCUUAUUGCCUUGGCCAACUCAAACGGCACUUUUGAUGUAAAAAACACACUAGUAUUAAGGUAGUACAUACUUGUG